GAUUUUUCCCAGUAAAGCGGUAGAUAAAAUGCUUUUAGCCGAAAAGUGAGCUAUAUAUUUGUGGAACUGCUUUCACGCUCCGCGCUGUUCAACACUGGCAUAGAAAACGCAAUCUGUGAAAAGUAAUUGUUGAAAAAUAAAACAUGCGCUGCUAUUAUGAGGAGCUCGAGCUCCAAAGAGACGCCUCGGAUGGAGAAAUUAAGACCGCCUUCCGCAAAAUGGCGUUACGCUGGCACCCGGACAAGAACAACAUGGAGGAGGCCACGGAGCGGUUUCAGCGGAUCCAGCAGGCCUACGAGGUGCUCUCUGAUCCACAAGAGCGAGCAUGGUACGACAACCAUCGCGAACAGAUCCUGCGGGGCAAGAACUCAGAGUACUCGGAAAACUGCCUGGAUGUGUUUCAGUUCUUCACCAGCUCCUGUUACAAGGGCUAUGGCGACGACGAACAGGGUUUUUACCGGGUCUUCACCAACGUCUUCGUCCAAAUUGCCGCUGAGGACAUAGAGUUCAUGGAUGAGGACGACCGGUUGGGGAUGGCACCGGAUUUCGGUCAUUCGAACAGCAGCUACGAGGAAGUGGUGGGUCCGUUCUACGCUUUCUGGCAAGCCUAUAGCACUAGGAAGACUUACGAGUGGCUGUGCCCGUACGAUGUCCGCGAGAUUAAGGAGCGCUUCAUCCUCCGCAAGGUGGAAAAGGAAAUGAAAAAGAUCGUGCAGGCUGCUCGCAAGGAGCGCAACGAAGAGGUUCGCAACCUGGUCAACUUUGUGCGCAAGCGGGAUCGCAGAGUGCAGAACUACAGGCGCGUGCUCGAGGAACGGGCCGAGGCCAAUCGCCUUAAACAGGAGGAGAAGCGGAAGGAGCAGCUAAGGAAGCGCCAGGAGGAAUUGGCUGCCGCCAAAGUGAAUAAAAUCUUUAAUGAAGGUUACGAGGAGCAGCUGAAGCAGUUGGAACAGCAGUAUGGCAGCGAGUCGGACGACUACACGGACGACGAAGAAGACGAUGGGGUCGGCGAAGAUUCCAAGGACGAAGACGAUCCGGAAGCCGAGAACUUGGAAAUUGAGUAUGUGGACGAUUUGUAUUGCGUGGCUUGCAACAAAACAUUCAAAAACGCCAAGGCACGAGCUAAUCACGAGGAGAGCAAGAAGCACAGGGAAAAUACCGACCGCUUGUGUCAACAGAUGGAGGAGGAAGAGGAGGCUUUCAACGCAGACAGUUUAAACGAAGUCGAGGAGUCGCUGGAUAAUAUGCAAAUUUCCGACGAUCAGUUAUCCGGCGAAGAAACCCUAAGUGAAGAGGAGUCCCACCAGUCCAAGCGCAGUAAAAAGAACAAAAAGUCCAAGAAAUCAACAGCUAAGCCAGUACAAGAGGAAGUCAGCGAUGGACCAGACGAAAACAUUGAACUCAAGACCACUAAGAGCGAAUCGGAGGACGACAACUGGAGCAAAGGCAAAAAGGCGGCUAAAAAGUCCAAAAAUAGAAAGUCAGCGGCAAGCAAGACAAAGCCCGCAGAGCAAAGGGUUCCGGAAACCACUCCAGUAGAUCCGAAAGAGGAGACGGCGACGGUUCCUAAAAGUGCACAUGAAGAUCUUGACCAGUCAAAGCCUCAACAUACUUGCGUAACUUGCCGUCUCGUCUUUGAUUCAAAGAACAAGCUCUUUUCGCAUCUCAAGAAGACGAACCAUGGCGUCUACAUUCCCAAGGCAAAGCCAGAUGUCGAGGGCAAGCCUUCUGGCAAAGCCAAGGGAAAACGGAACAAAUAGAUCCGAACGAAAUUCAGAAAAAUCUUGUAUCUAUAUUGUAGAAAUGUUAGACGUUUAUUUAUGCUAAUGUUAAAGUUAAUUCGAGAAUGAAGUUAAGUAUGCUCGCUCUA